AUGGACCCCGCCCGCUCCAACCGCACCGACCGCGGCGCCCACACCGACCUCACCGCCCGCAACGACAGCAGCGCCCGCACCACCCGCAGCGCCCGCAACGACCCCACCACCUCCAUCACCUGCACCGACCGCAGCGCCUGCAACGACACCACCGCCUGCACCGACCGCAGCGCCCGCAACCACAGCAGCGCCCGCACCGCCCGCAGCGCCCCGCCCACACCGACCCCACCGCCCGCACGGACCCCAGCGCCCGCAUCUACAGCAGCGCCCGCACCACCCGCAUUGCCCACACCGCCCGCACCGCCCCCAGCGGGAGGCGGCGUGACGCAGCACCUGCCUUCAGGCUGCGGCCACCAGACCAUGAGGAUCGUGGGCGGCCGGCCGGCUGCGGAGGGGCGGUGGCCCUGGCAGGUGAGCCUGCAGAUAAAAGGCCAUCACCUGUGCGGGGGUUCCCUCAUCGCCAACCGCUGGGUCCUGACCGCCGCCCACUGCAUCUUCGGCUACAAGGAUUAUAUCCUGAAGGUGGGAGGCAUACACGUGAACGUGACCUCCAAGAACGCCAUCGAAGUCCCGAUUCGUGACAUCGUCAUUCACCAAGAUUUCAGCUUUAUCGGACUCCUCAACGACAUUGCCCUGAUUCUGCUCCAGGUCCCCGUGAAAUACUCCGCCCACAUCCAGCCCGUGUGCUUCCCUGAAAAGACGUUCAUGGUGCAAACUGGCACGGACUGCUGGGUGGCGGGAUGGGGCAAAGUGAAGGAAAAAGGUGAGCCUGUGAGGCCCUUUCAGGCCGGGGGAGAUUCAGAGGCAGACCGCGAGUUGCUGCAGGAGGCCGAGCUAAAGAUCAUCCGCCAUGAGAAGUGUAACGAGAUCAUCAAGAAGACCUCGGACACCUGGUUGAACCCAAAGGUCAGGAAAGGGUAUGUCUGUGCUUCCAGCGAACUCCAGAAGGCCGUCUGCAAGGGAGAUUCUGGGAGCCCCCUGGUCUGUGAGUUUAAUAACACCUGGGUCCAGGUGGGGAUUACGAGCUGGACCAUCGACUGCAGUGGCAAAUACCCUGGAGUUUACACAGAAGUCAGUGUCCACAAGGACUGGGUCAUUGAGCAGAUGAACCUGGCUUCCUCGCACGACUCCGCAGGCCUGUCUGCCCUGCCCCUGUGCCUGGUUCUGCCCCUGGGUGUCCUGGUGACCUUGUGA